GUUCACGGCUGCGCGCUGGGGAUUGGCCUGUCUCGUCUCCUUCCUCACCGCACGGCAAGCCUCCUCUCGCCUCUGCAGCGAACGAAGCCUCACGAAUUCCCCAAUCCUCCCCGAUCCCGACCAACCCGCAUCAACGGAUUUCGAUUGCUUCCAGCUCGGGCCUUCCAAUCGCCUCGCACGCUUCCGUUUGCUUCACAUUAUGCGCGCGCUUAACCUAGCAUUUGAUCUGAUUUAAUUUGAUUCUACCGGUCGGUCCGAUUCCGAGGAGGAGGCGAGCGUAGUGGUGUUUGCGCGGCCAUGGCGGCCUCGUCCUCAGCGGCGGCGGCGUCCCUGGACGCCUGGUGGGACGAUGUGAACAACUCACCGCUGUGGCAGGACCGCACCUUCCACGCCCUCGCCUUGCUCUACGGCGUCGUCGCAGUCGUAGCCCUAGUCCAACUGAUAAGAAUCGAGUGUAGGGUGCCUGAGUUUGGGUGGACAACACAGAAGGUGUUUCAUUUCCUAAACUUCAUUGUAAACAGCGUGAGGUCAACUGUGUUUGUACUGCGGCGGAAUGUGCACCUUGUACACCCUGAGAUAUUCCAACAUGUGCUUAUUGAUUUGCCUGGCCUAGCAUUCUUCACGACCUAUGCUCUGUUGGUGCUCUUUUGGGCUGAAAUCUACUAUCAGGCACGUGCAAUGUCGACUGAUGGGCUCCGACCAGCUUUCUAUACGAUCAAUGGAGUUGUCUACACCAUUCAGAUAGUACUGUGGCUGCUCACGUGGUGGAAACCGGUUCAAGCUGUGAUCAUUUUGUCAAAGAUGUUCUUUGCAGCUACAUCCUUAUUCGCUGCUUUUGGUUUCCUUCUCUACGGAGGGAGGCUCUUCCUGAUGUUGCAGCGUUUCCCUGUUGAGUCAAAAGGUCGGCGUAAAAAGUUGAAUGAGGUUGGCUAUGUGACUACCAUAUGCUUUGGUUGCUUCUUGAUCAGAUGUGUAAUGAUGUGCUUUAGUGCAUUUGAUAAAGGAGCUGAUCUUGAUGUUCUGAACCAUCCAAUCCUGAACUUCUUUUACUACUUGCUGGUUGAGAUUGUACCAUCGUCUUUGGUGCUGUUCAUCUUAAGGAAACUACCGCCAAAACGUGGGAUCGCACAGUACCAUCCAAUCCAUUAGUCAGUAACGUUGAUGGUCCAUUUCUAACAGUUCCACCAAUUGUUAAAGAAAAAAAGAUCAAAUGUGAGAUAUGUUCUAGUACCUUUUUGUAGGUUAGUAGCUUUUUGAAGUCUUGCAAAUAUAGCUUGUUAAAAUUGUAAAAUCCCGCUGUCAUUGCAAUCCCAAAUGUCACUAACACAACUGUUUCACCGGCCAAUACGGGUUUCCAUCUGUAAACUUCAGAACAGUCAAGGACUGAUAAUUUUGGCGAUGGAGAAAUUAUGUUUGAUAGUAUUGGCUA